AUGAAUAAGAGUUUUAUUUAUUUUGGUGGAGUCACUGAUCAGAUGAAGGAGACCAUACUGCAUCAGUUCCAGUUUAACUAUGGGGAGUUCCCUUUCAAGUAUCUUGGUAUUCCUUUAUCCACUAAAAAGUUAUCUCUUAUGCAAUGGACACCUCUAGUGAAUAAAAUUAUAGCUCGAAUUACCUCCUGGACUGCCAAGAAACUUUCGUAUGCAGGAAGAAUGCAAUUAGUUCAAUCAGUUCUCUUUGGAAUCCAAGCUUACUGGUCCCAAUUAUUCAUUAUACCUACAAAAGUCCUUAAACUCAUUGAGGCUUAUUGUAGGAGCUUCAUAUGGUCAAGUACCAACACCAUCACCAAGAGAGCACUGAUAGCAUGGGAGAAGAUGUGCUUACCUAAGUCUGCUGGAGGAAUGAGGCUCAUCAACAUACACCUAUGGAACCAAGUUGCUAUUGCUAAGACCUAUUGGGAUCUUGCUCAUAAAACUGAUAAACUAUGGAUUAGAUGGAUCCAUUCUUAUUAUAUAAAAUCCCAUAUUGUCUUUAAUGUUUCUAUACCUCAACAGGCUUCAUGGAUGAUUAGGAAGAUACUUGCAGCUAGAGUGAUACUAGAACAGAUACACACUCAAAGAGACUCACCAACUACUGCAAAUUUUUAUGUGCAUUUGCUGGGUAAUAGACCAACAGCCCCCUGGAAAAAUAUGAUGUUUAACAACAGUGCAAGACCAAAGGCUAUUGUUACAAUGUGGAUCAUGCUGCAGAAUAAACUCCCAACUAUAGACAGAUUAACCUCUUGGGGAAUGGAUGUCAACCAACAAUGCAAACUCUGUCAACAAGAGCUGGAAAAUAGAAAGCAUCUGUUUACUCAAUGUGAAUUUACUAGAGCUAUUUGGAAGAAACUGCUUAAUUUGAUUAAAUGGCCACUCUUUCACGCUGAUACAUGGGAUAUGCAUUUGGAAUGGACUCUGAAACAAUCUAAAGGCAAGUCUCAUAAUGCACAACUCUUCAAAUUAAUAUAUGUUGAGUGCUCUUAUGCAAUAUGGAUGGAAAGAAACCAGAGAACUUUUGAAGAAAAAAGAAAAAACUAUGAAGAGAUAACUAAGGAAAUAGCAUAUAUGUGCACUUUGAGAGAUCCUUUGGCGAUUAGUACUCAACUACAACAAUCUCUCCUCUUCUGA